GCGGCUUGGCGGCCGGUCGCGAGAAUGGUGCGUACCGUACGUGAACAAAGGCAAAUAAUUGUUAGCAAGUGUCAAGUAGAUAAUGUCGUCUGAGCUCUCAAAAGUGCAAGUGGAAUAUAUUAGUGAGGACAAAAUUAUUAAGGUAAAACGUGGUGGCUUUGGGGUUAUAGUGUUAUUGUGUAACAGAUUGGACGCCAACGGGCAGCGUUCUCGUGUGUCGGUCGGUGCAGGGGGAGGGCGGGGCGAGCGCGGCCCCGGCCGUGUGGGGCCCGUCAGGCCACACGCAGGAGGUUGUGACCGCUUCGUGAGCUACUCCCUUGCCGAAAUAGCAUCAACAUCCUCCUUCAGAUUUUUUACCACCCAUUUCAAGUUUGUUCAUAAAGAAAACCUUAAUUGUUAGGAGGGCUGUGGCACCCAAUCACCCCUUGCAUUACUGGCGGCUACCUGCAGUCGUGUAGGCGCCGCCACCAUGGGGCCCGAUCAGCAGCAGCAGGAAAAAGAUCAGCAACAACAACAUUUCAGUCCACAGCAGCAACAGCAAGUGCAGCAGCAACAACAACAGCAGCAAGUACAACAACAACAGCAGCAAGUACAACAACAACAGCAGCAGCAGCAGCAACAACAACAACAGCAGCAGCAACAGCAACAACAACAGCAGCAGCAGCAGCAGCAACAACAACAACAACAACAAGUUCAACAACUAGUCCAACAACAAGUCCAAGGAGAUGCUGCUACACUUGCUGCAUUACAGCAGCAGUACUUGCAGCAGCAACAGCCUCAGAUGAGAGUGAUCAGUACAGCUGUUGUACAACAGCUUAGAGCUCAAGGCCUCUCGGGAAAUGAGUUGUCAGCAGCUAUAGUAAAUGCCGCUAGUACUGUCCCAAAUGGCAUACAAGUGCAGCAACCUCAGGUUAUAUCAAUGCAACAACUGCAGUCACUGUUAGGGGGUGGUGUGGUGUCCAGUAACGACGGUGCCACAUAUCAGAAUGCUCCACAACAACUGUUGCAGAUACAUCCGCAGCUUUUACAACAACAAGGAGGCGGAGUGGGGGGCGUGUACGGCGGCUGCGUGGUGGGGGGCAUGGCGCCGCUGCAGGCCGUCACCGUGGACGGCCAGGACGCGCUCUUCAUCCCCGCGCACCACGCACAGAAUUUCUCAGGCAUGGGUCAAGUGAGCCUCGUGAACGGUCAGCUAGUGAGGACGCCGGUGCUUCCUGCUGGUUUCCUGCAAAAUGUCAUGCAUUUGCCUGCAGAACAACAGGCCACCGUCACCAUCCCCGGUACUAACUUAACAAUCCCACUGAGCGCCUUGACCGGCAAUCAAAUGAUCACUAUCCCGGGCACGAAUAUCUCUAUCCCGGCGGGCGGGAUACAAAUCCCGACGAGUCAAGCCAUAUCGAUACCUAGUUCCACGAGCGUCCAAUUGCCGGUGGCGAGCGUGGCCAAUGUAGCCAACGUCGCCAACGGGGGCGUCGGUAUGCCGAAUGGGGGGGAUUCCAAGAACGGGAAUGGGAAGGAGACAAAGUCACCUCCGAGUCCGGCCGGGCAAGGCGGCGGCGUGGCGGUGCGCGGCGGCGGCGUGGGCGGCAUGGGCGUGGUGCCCGUGCAGGUGCCCGUGAGCGUGGCCAACGGACACACCGUGUACCACACCGUGCACGUGCCCGUGCACGCGCCGCACCUGCAGAUCAUCCCGCAGCUGCAGCAGAUGCAAGCGCAGCCGCAAGUCGCGAACGUGCUGACGCCGUCCGGUCAAAUACAACAGAUACAGAUAGCGUCACUUGGAAACGUCCAGCAGGGCGGCGGGGGCCAGGCCGGCGCGGCGCAGGGGCAGCCCACCAUCACUCUGCAGAUGCCGACGCUGGGCGUGGGCGGGCUGGGCGGCGCCGUGCAGCUCGUGCCGGCCGUGGGGCUGCCGGGAGCAGUGCAGCUCGCGCAGCUGCCGCAGGCGCAGCCCCAGGCGCAGCCGCAGCCCGUCAUAGAAACACCAUUUCCAGGCCAGCAGAUUCAGCAAGAUCCAAACGAGCCUGGGAAGUGGCAAGUGGUAACAGUCAGUUCGGGGAACACCACCACUACUGAAUGCGAGGCGAAUAAAAACAGGCCCAAUAGUCCGAACAGUGGGAAGCGGUUGAUGAAGCGAGUCGCGUGCACGUGCCCUAACUGUGAUCAAGGAGAAAACCGACUGGUGGACCGCAAGAAGCAGCACGUGUGUCACAUCCCGGGCUGCAACAAGGUGUACGGCAAGACGUCCCACCUGCGCGCGCAUCUGCGCUGGCACUCCGGCGAGCGACCUUUCCUUUGUAACUGGCUCUUCUGUGGAAAGAGGUUUACGCGAUCAGACGAGUUACAACGACAUCGACGUACGCAUACAGGCGAAAAACGUUUUGAAUGUCCCGAGUGCAGCAAACGGUUCAUGCGCUCCGACCACCUCGCCAAGCACGUGCGGAUACACACCAAGAAUAGAAUAACUGAGGUGGCUACAUCAACCCAAUCUAUGUACUCCGACUCGGGUGAUGACAGUUGUGAUGAGAAAAUGAUGCUUACCAUAGAAACAAUGCACCAAGGCGGUGAUAACGAAGAGAAGCUGGUCAUGAUAAGGCCUGGGACUAAAAUAGACCCUGACCACAUUGAUAGCUAAAGUAACGUCACUUAAGAAUUAGUUAAAAAGUACUGGGAUUACUGUGAUGACAUCAAAUCAAUGGUUUUUAGUGGACUUUGGAGAUAUUUCCUAAGGCCUUAAGAAGUAUAGUUUAAGGAUAAUUAUGUGCAGUGUUUGUGCGUAUGAGUAAACAACGUAUACAAGAUGGUUGUUUACACCUCAAGGUCACGAAGGUCGGUUAUAAGACUGUCAUGGUGCAAUUAAAAAAAUAAAUCAUGCUAUGAUUGUAUCCCCAGUGUAAUGAUAAUACUGCAAAUGGCAUUACCUAGUAUUUAAAAGUAGCUAAAAUCAUAUAAAUAGUAUAAGAAUCUAACACAAUCUUUUGCGUUUCAAAAGAGUAAUAUAUUUUUUCACAGAUAGACGUAACUUGUAAGAUUAAAGUACAUUAGGGUACAUAUACUACAAUUAUCUAUUAAAGCAUUGUUUGUGUUACUUUUAAAUCAGCUACAUGAUGUAUGCAUUAAUCGGUUGAUUACUGCGUUUUUUGUCCAUUUCUACAUUGAUGUUCUGCUAUUAUAACUAAAUACGAGUCAUUUGAUUUAUAUUGUAUAAAACAGAAGUCCAAAGUAAACUUUAAAUUGUUUUGUAAGUAGUUUUAUAGAUGUGAAAAAUUCGAUUAUUGCAUCUUGAUUAAUGUUUUGAUAUGAACAUAACUUAUGAUUCCAUAUUAAUGUACUAAUAUAGACAUUAUUUAUAGAUUUUAGGAUAUUUUUAGUCAUACACACAAACAUGGAAAAUGUUUUGCUUUUGUAUUAUACACGUACGAUUUUAACUUUUGAUUGAUAAUUUUUCUGUGUUUUUUAUCACAAUAUUAUUAAAGUAGAUUGUUUAUUUAUUCGAAGCCGCCUUAUAAGUUUUUAUAUUUUAGUGUAUGUGUAUUGUACAUUGUUAUAAACAUUGUGGCGAUCAGUUUUUAAAAUAAUUUUAAAAAUUAUUAAAUUAAAGAGAAAUAUAUAAUAGUGUAAAUAUAUUCCUUAUGUGUAAAAAAUGAAAUGAUUAUAUGUGCGUAGAUAGUGAAAAAUUGGUCUGUGAUCAAAAUUUAUGUAAUUUAUAUUUUACUUGUCAAUGUCUUAGAGAUCGCACACAUUUGUAAUUAUGUAAUUAUAACUUAAAUUCUUAGAUUUGAAGCGUACAUGGUAAUUAUACUUAUUUUUUAUUAAGGGUGGAUAAAAGAUCUACUUGUAAUAUGAUAAUCUCUGUACUUCCUUGCUACUACUCAUUUUCGCAGUCCAGGGUUCGACAUGAAGGCUAAACAUUUUAAUUAGGAAUUUUAAUACUUUAGUUAUUGUUUCUUACGUAAAAAAUCGGAUACCUUUUGGACGUUCUACAAACGAAAUCAACAAACGUUCGACUUUGUCUAUGUUUGCUGGGCUGUGAAACGCUUACGAUGUUUUUAAUUUGGCGCCACGUUUAGUACGUUCAAGGUACUAGGUCGAAAACCUUCCCGCAAGUCAAUAGAAUCUUAAGAAAUGCCUACCGGAUAAACAAAGUAAUAUCCAUUUUUAUAAAUAUAAAUGAGUAAGUGUAGUGUAUAUUUAAAUCAUUUUUGCAGACAUAUUGUUUAUUUAAUCUUUAAUAGAUACGUAGUUUUUGCUUGCUAUUUGUAAUAAAUCUUUUUGCGAUAAUGUUAAGAACACAUGUGAUAUUCAAAAACAACAAAACAAUAUAGACUUCUGGUAUUACUCUUUUAUAAAAAAUCUUUUUAUUGUGAAUUGAAAAAUUUCCUUUUAUGGGACAAGCCAGGUUCGCUUUUAUUUGUUGUAAUCUGUUUAGCCGAUGAGUUGAUCAAGUAAUGCUUUUAUUAUUAUAAUGUCCACAGUUUCAUAGUUAAAUCAAAAACUUUUUUAGUUAUUCAAAAUUAUUUGCAUAAUCAUGUAUGGUCACGUACAUUCGUUUUACAUAUUUAGUAACAUCGCUUGGAAAUGUAAUAAUGUAUUGUUUAUGAAAGGGAUACAGUAUAAAAUAAAAAUGUUUAAAUCGCGGUAUUCUAUGUUUUGAUUCUUAAAUUACUUGAACAAAUAUACGUACAAACCAGACACAUCGAAGAUUUUAGUGGGUCCAAAUAGGCUUGCUAGAAAUUGUAAAUAUAGGAACUAAAUAUUGUACAGUGUGAAAAAUCUGUAAAUAUCAUUGUUGAAACAGUUGAUUAAAAAUAUUUUCUAUUUUAAA